AUGUCAGUAUCAGACCUCUGUCCCGUAUACGCGCCUUUCUUUAGCGCUAUGGGCUGCACGAGCGCCAUCGUCUUCACUUGCAUUGGAGCCAGUUAUGGUACAGCAAAAUCUGGCGUCGGUAUUGCCGCCAUGUCCGUUCUUCGUCCAGACCAAAUGAUGAAGUGUGUGGUCCCUGUCAUCAUGGCUGGUAUCAUCGCUAUUUAUGGUCUCGUCGUUUCCGUCCUCAUCGCCUCCGACCUCAAAGUCGCCAUGACUCUCGCCCAAGGCUUUGUCCAACUCGGUGCUGGUCUUUCCGUCGGCCUUGCGGGACUUGCAGCGGGUUUUGCCAUUGGUAUCGUUGGUGAUGCUGGUGUCCGCGGUACCGCUCAACAGCCUCGACUUUUCGUUGGCAUGAUUCUCAUCCUCAUUUUCGCUGAAGUUUUGGGUCUUUACGGCCUGAUCGUCGCUCUCAUCAUGAACACCAAGUCACAGGACCUUAUUGGCGUAUUGUCUAUAAAUUGCGUUGGGAGUCGAUGUGGCCCUCUUGCGAAGAGUGAUCAUGGACUGCGACCUCCUUAUCUCCCGUUCGCUCUUACCACUGCUGCUACAUACCUUUCUGCACCCGAAUUUCCUGCACGUUACAUCCUGUCUCUUGUCUAA